AAAGAAAAUCAGCCUUUUUUAGAGUAAUGGGAACUUGCUGGAGCCAAGGAAUCGGUUGUGGUAAAAACACAAAGGAAAAGAAGAAGGAUAUGGUUACUGCGAGCAUAGAAAAGAAAACAAAAUCGAACUGGACACGGCCGGUGUUCCCGUGAUAGAUGGUGACUAUCACGGGCUUGGUGUUCGGAGUUGAUCUAUCGUGGGCUGGGCUCCGUGACGUUAAUAGACGAAGUUGCAGCGGCUCACGGCGCUCUCACGUCUUCCUUCGAUGGAGCUGCGAUCGGGGCGUCGCCUCAGGCGCUCGUCGCCGCCGCCGUCUCAUCCUCAUGGAACUCGCUACCGGCGCAUGGACCGCAUCAGCGCUCUCCCUGAUGAGAUGCUUCUCCUGGUUCUCGCACGUCUGCGCUGCAUCCGCACCGCCGCGCAGACCAGCGUCCUCUCGCGUCGCUGGCGCGGUCUCUGGAUCGGCCUCUGGACCUGCCCUGCCGAUUUGACCUUCCGCGGACUAGCUCCCGCAACGAUCCAAGCAUUGUUCCACCGCUUUGCUACUGCCUCACCACAGGUUUCCACUCUUGACAUCGGCCUUCCGUGGAGCCGCCAUGGCACCGCCGGCGCCGGCUCAUUGCUGCGCGCGGCCGUGCGGCUCUCGCCGAGGCACCUAAUCUUGAACGUCAAGGAGCUUUGCUUCGAGCUGCCUUGCUUCGAGCGCGCCACCUCAAUCGACAUAGACGCGGGGCACACCUGGAUUCAGCCACUGCCGGACGGCGAGUUCACUGCGCUCGAGAGUCUAUCCAUCACCGGGCAAAUCAUCAACAUUGGGCCCUUGCUCAUCCGUUGCCCACGCUUGCGCAUGCUCAGCCUCACCUACUCGGAUAGGUAUAUCAUCCACAUAUCGCAUGGCGAGUUCCCCGCGCUAGAGAAGUUGUCCCUCUCCGCACUGAGGGUCAAUACUGGCUCAUUGCUCAACAACUGCCAACGCCUGCGCGUGCUGAGCGUUACCCAUCUACACACGUGUCCCCUUGGCAUCAUGCUACCACCGUCCGGGCAGUUCCCCAUGCUCGAAAAGCUGACCCUCUCCGGCAACAUCACCGACCUUGGCAUAUUGCUUAACCGAUGCCCACGCCUACGCGUUAUCGGUGUCACCUUCUGCGGGAUGGGGCUCCAGUCGCUCAUAGAGGCACUCGCCACACUCCAAAAGAUGGUACCGCUCGGCCUCGUGUUGUCCACCCUCGGCCUCGAAAUUCCUUGGAGAGAUGGCAUCGGCUCGGCUCGCUUCGCCUCUCUUCUCCGUACCAUGGAGAGGCUCUCCCCGCACGAGCUUCUCGUCACUGACAACUUCGAGGGAUCCCACUCUAGUGGGCGUGCCAAAGAAAUUAAAGCCAACCUGCCCUGCUUCGCCAAUACCACGUCGAUCGAGAUGAGCCUACGAAAUGUAAGCUUCAAAUCACUGAAGCCCUGCGAGUUCUCUAGGCUCGAGAGGCUAUCCCUAUCCAAUCUAUGCAGCACAGUCGAAAUUGGCACAUUGGUUGCCCGCUGCCCACGGCUGCGUGUGCUAAAGGUGGCCGUAUCUACAGGCAAAAUGACGGUCCACUCGGCCUCACUGCAGAAACUUGAUGUUAAUUGGAAUGUCGGGGAAUGCCACGGUAUCGAUAUUGUAACCCCCAUGCUUGAAAAACUGCAUGUCAAUGCCCGUGCCGGAGGGGAUAUCGGUGUGUCAAUCUCGGCGCCAGUGGUGCAGGAUGUCUCAUGGCAGUGCUGGUAUACAAGAUCGGCUCUGGUGUUUGGUUCUUGGUGCGUCCAGAGCCUGAGAGUACAGACCAUGGAGAAUGUCAUGUGCUUGCACCUGAAUGCCGAUAGUAAAUUGGAUGCAGAGCUGAACUUUGCACACCUAAUGGAGCAACUUCCGGUUACCAACUUCUCUACGGUAGAGAUAAAUUUUGAACCAGCUUGGCAUAUUUAUGGAGCACUUGUGUUGCAACUCCUUCGAAUCCGUCGAAUUUGUGUCGCCGCAAAAGUACUUAAGGUCAUCCUGCCACAGUUGCCCAAGGUGAAACAAGUUUGCCUACAAAAUUGUCGUUGCGAUACGCCUAAGAACUGGAGAAGCCAAAGUAUCUUCUGUACAAAUCUUGAAGAAGUGGAAAUCUUGGGCUUCAAUGGAGAGCAGCAUGAGCAUGAUUUCUUAAGGCUGAUAUUAAAAUGUUCGCCAAUGCUUGAAAGCGUGAGGGUGAGACCGUCACAUGGGUUUAAAGGUUCCACCAGGGAAUUGUCCAACAUUUACUUGGCACAUCCUUCCGUGUAUUUUGCAUCUGAUUAGCAUUAUUCUUGAUGCAACAAAUUGUGUGUCUUCAAUGCGGGUGAUGGAACAAUAUUAUUGUAUGUUGGUAUCGUUUCCA